CACUCGAUAUGCAUACACUAACUUUAUGGCUCUCAGCCUCCACUACUACUUCAUUCUCUUCUUCCUCCUCACAAUCUCCAAAUCAAAUUCAAACCCUUCACUUCAAAACGACUCAAAUGCUGAUGGUUUCAAGAAAUGGGUCUCAUGGAACGUUCAAACCUACAAGAGAAGUAGCUCAUUCGAGGCAAACUUGGGCUCAAACCGGCUCGCCGACGGGCCCGGCCCACUGGAUCCUAAGCUCGCGAAGGCUGAGGCCGCAAAGGUGAAGUACAUUGUGAGCCAAGAUGGUGGUGGAGAUUAUAAGAGCAUAAGGGAAGCUGUAGAGAGUAUUCCCUUAAAGAAUACUAGGAGAGUCAUCUUGGAUAUCAAGCCUGGGAUUUAUAGGGAGAAAAUAGUGAUUCCAAAAUCAAUGUCCUUCAUCACUUUCUUGGGCCGUUCCGAUAGCCCAGCAGUUAUAACAGGUAACGACACUGCAGCAACAAUUGGACCCGAUGGAAAGCCCAUGAAUACCUUCCACAGCCCAACUGUGGCCAUCAAUUCCAACUAUUUUGUUGCCGCCAACAUCAGAUUUGAGAACACAGCUCCAUACCCUGACGUCGGGCAGGCCGGAGGGCAGGCGGUGGCGCUGCGGAUCUCCGGCGACAAGGCGGCCUUCUACAACUGCAGCUUCUAUGGGACCCAGGACACUCUCUAUGACCACAAGGGACUCCACUACUUCAAAAACUGUUUCAUCCAAGGAUCUGUGGACUUUAUUUUUGGAUAUGGGAGGUCUCUUUAUGAAAACUGCUAUCUGAACUCCAUAGCGAAGAGGGUAGCAUCACUCACGGCACAGAAGAGAACGAUAGCAACGAUGGAGAGUGGAUUCUCCUUCACAAAGAGCACCGUUAAUGGAAGUGGCUUAGUCUAUUUGGGGAGAGCAUGGGGAGAUCACUCGAGGGUAGUGUUCUCCUACACUUUCAUGGAGAAGGUUGUCAUCUCCGGAGGAUGGAGCAAUUGGCAUAUCCAACUGCCUGAGGAGAGUGGCGUGUAUUAUGGUGAGUAUCAAUGUAGUGGGCCGGGUGCAAAUUGGACGGGAAGGGUCCAUUGGGCUCAUCUUCUGACCGAUGAGGAAGCCCAACCUUUCCUCGGAACGUAUUAUGUUGGAGGAGAAACAUGGCUCUUGGGCCCACCAGUGGCUCCUUAGAUUAUUAUUAUUAUUAUUAUUAUUAUCAGAGCUCCUUAUUUGUUACAGUUGCAUUUAACUGCUAAGUUGUGCUAAUGUCACAGAGACAUGUUUUGAGUUGUUGGAAUCAAAAGGAGACCGUAAAUUGGAGGCUUAAUAUAAAAAAGGUGUGUUCUUAA